AUGGAAAAAGCCCUCCAUGAUCUGCCCGAUUUCGCCCUGUACAUCAAUCAAAACAUUCGCGACAAUGCCUUGGACAAUGCGCAGCUGGAGACACGAUGUCUGCUCGACGAUGAACGACACGCCGAUGCUUCCAUCCCCGGGCGUCGUUCCGCUGGCCAGCUCGACCAGGUCUCAGCAGAACUUCUCAUCAUGGUCCUGAUGCACAUAGACAUCCCCUCGAUGAUUCACUUCCGUCGCGUCAACCGCCAUGUUGUCGUCCAGUGCUCUACUUGCGUAGGUGAUCCCAGCUGCUUCGACUCCAUCGGAACCUCCAUCAUGAGUCCCGCACGCGCGCAAAUCAUGGACGAAUUCCACGUCUCGAGUCCGGUCGCCCUCCCGCCACUCUCGCUCUAUGUCGUCGCCCUUGGUCUCCGCUCUAUCGUGGGCAGCCCACUGUCAGAGACUGUAGGGAGACACCCCGUGUACCUGAGUACUGUCCCGCUCGGCGCCGGCUUCACGCACAACUUUGGAGCCCUGUGCUUUCUGCGGUUCAUGGCAGGCUUCUGCUGGGCGUCCGUGCUGGCCACGGCGGCGGGCUCCCUUUCGGGAUCUCUUUGCGCCAAGAGCGCGCGGUCCACCGUCUGCGGCUCGUUCCUCGUCGUCAACAAGAGCUGGCGUUGGACACAAUGGACGUUGCUCUUCCUGGCAGCCUUUUGCGUUGUCAUCAUGGCCUUUACGAAAGAAACCAUGCACCAUCUCAUCCAAGAGCGAGCGGUUGGAAAGUCAAACAAGCAAAAAGGCGCCGCCAAGACGUCCAUCUCGCGACCAAAAUUUAGCGAAUUCGUGACCAUUGCGCUGGUACGGUCGGUGCACAUGCUCGUAGCCGAGCCCAUUGUCGGCAUGAUUGCCUUGUACGUGUCAGCCGAGUUUGGGACACUUUUCAGCUUCUUUGCAGGAGUUCCAUAUACUUUCGCCCGUGUCUAUGGCUUUCCACUGCAGCACUCUGGUCUCGUCUUCCUGUCCAUCGUCAUUGGCUGCCUUCUCGGUCUCGUCACCAUCAUCCUCUGCGACACCCUGCUCUACAGAAAGAAGGCCCAGACAUAUGCGUCGCACGAGGUGCCCCCCCGAGCUGCGCUUGUUCCCUGCGAUGCUCGGAAGCGUGGGACUGCCAGUGGGACUGUUUUGGUUCGCCUGGACGGCUGCCGCCAUGAUCCCAUUUGCAUGGGGCAACCUAAUGAAAACGACGGGCAGUUUGUCAACUCCACACUCCGUCAAACCUUCCAGGUGUCACUCGAUGCUGAACAAAUCCGCGUCCAGCUGUCCAAUGUCCUUGGCCAGAGCCCUCUGCCCAUUACCGAGGCUACUAUCGCGUUGCCUGAGAAUGGGCUGGCCGGAGUUGGGGAGAUUGACCCCAAGACUACGCGUGGGCUGACCUUUGCUGGUCAAAGCUCUGUGACGAUUCCACCCGGGGAGGAAGUCUAUUCGGACCCCAUUGACUUCAGCGUCGAUGCGGAAACCAUCGUUGCUCUCAGUCUUUACCUCGAAAAAGGCCAGAGUGGUAGCAUUAUCACAGGUCAUCCUGGCAGCCGCACAACGUCGUGGAUGCAACGGGGAAGCGGUACCAAUGCCACCUCUAUCAGCGGGGAAAUGACGAACCACUGGUACUUUGCAAGUGCUAUCGAGGCUUGGAAACCCCGGACAACGUCAUCUCUCAUCAUUCUUGGUGACAGCAUAACGGAUGGUCGGGGCAGUACUGACAAUGAAAACAACAGAUGGCCGAAUCUCCUAUUGGCCCGGAUGCGCGACGAAGGGAUCGAAAACAUUGCCGUCAACAACAAAGCUGCUGGAGGGAAUGCUGUGCUAUCUGGCGGGCUGGGUCCACCACUAACCACUCGAUAUGAACGAGAUGCUCUGGAGCAACAGGGCACAGAAUAUGUCAUGAUUUUCGAAGGCGUCAAUGACAUUGGCCCAAGCCAGACCGACGCUGCUACGCAGGAGACGCUGUACGAAGACCUCAUCGAGGCCUACACGAAAAUUGUCGGCGACAUCAAGACCGCAGGCUAUGCCACGAUUGGGGCGACAAUCACACAAUUCCGCGGGAACGGGUACCACGACCCGGCCCGCGAGGUCACGCGCAACAAGGUCAAUGCUUGGGUCCUGACAAGUGGCGUCUUUGACCAUGUGGUGGACUUUGCCGCGUGGAUUGGCGACGGGGAUACUCUGGUGCCAGAACGCUUGGUGUUUGUCCCUGUCGGAGAAAGUCCGGCUCCGAGUCCCGACGUCGGCUCCCUCGAGACCAACCCCAACGCAGAAUGCGGCUGGAGGGGCAUCAGCCACAUCUGCAUGCGCAUUCUCGUCGUCGGAUCGCGCGCGACAUGUUGUGAAGGACAUCAUCUCCUGGACACUGACGUCGAGCACGCGCGGGCUGGUGCUGCGACUGUCCAACACACACAGACGCUCUCCACCAUGAGCGACCUUGACAAGGCCAUUGCGCAGCUGCGCUCGUGCCGACCGAUCCCCGAGUCGCAGGUUCGCGAAAUAUGCCACAAGGCACGAGAACUCCUCAUCGAGGAGGGCAACGUCGUGACGGUGACGGCACCCGUGACGAUUUGCGGCGAUAUUCACGGACAGUUCCACGAUCUCAUGGAGCUCUUUCGCGUUGGGGGCGACGUCCCCGACACAAACUACCUUUUCAUGGGCGACUUUGUCGACCGUGGGUUCUACUCUCUCGAAACCUUUCUCCUCCUCCUCUGCCUUAAAGUUCGAUACCCCGACCGCAUGACCUUGAUCCGCGGCAACCACGAAUCACGACAGAUUACACAAGUAUACGGCUUCUACGACGAGUGCAACCGCAAGUACGGCAGCGCCAAUGUGUGGCGGUACUGCUGCGACGUCUUUGACUACCUCGCGCUGGGAGCCAUUGUCCUCGGCGCAUCGAGCACCCUGUCGUCGACCAUGGAGCCGAUCGACGAGGACGUCGAAAUUGAGGUGUGCGACCAGAGCGGCGGCACCCUCAGCCGCUUCUCGCGCCAGAGGCACCGGCAACGACCGGACAGCUCGUCGAGCGCCAACGGGGUUCCCGCAGACAGGACGGGACCACCAGGCUCCGGUGCGUCCGGAUCCAGCGGAGGCACCGUCGGCAACCCGACGGGCGCGGUCCUGUGCGUCCACGGUGGACUGAGCCCGUUGAUCGACACGAUUGAUAAGAUCAGAUUGAUUGAUCGAAAGCAAGAAGUCCCCCACGAGGGCGCCAUGUGUGAUCUGCUGUGGUCCGAUCCGGACGAGAUUGACGGCUGGGGCCUCUCGCCGCGCGGAGCUGGGUUCCUGUUUGGAGCGGAUAUUGUCAAGGCCUUCAACCACACGAACGACUUGAGCUUGAUUGCGCGCGCGCACCAGCUGGUCAUGGAGGGCUUCAAGGAGAUGUUCGACGCGUCCAUUGUCACGGUGUGGUCCGCGCCCAACUACUGCUACCGAUGCGGCAACGUGGCGGCAGUGCUGGAGCUGUCCGAGGACGACACGGGCACCGGCAUCUUCUCGCGGAGCAACGGGGACGUCGGCCGGAGUAAGCCGCCCAUGCUGGAGAACGGCGGCGGCCUGGGCAAUGGGCCGGCCAGGCGGUACAGGGUCUUUCAGGCGGCGCCGCAGGACUCGCGGGGCAUGCCGGCCAAGAAGCCGGUGGCGGACUACUUCUUGUGA